AUGUCAGGAGGACCCAUCACACAGGACUGGGAGCCCGUGGUUAUCAGGAAGAAGGCACCCACCGCCGCCGCCAAGAAGGAUGAGAAAGCUGUCAACGCUGCUCGCCGCUCUGGCGCUGAGAUCGAAACCCUAAAGAAAGCUACUGCUGGGACCAAUAAAGCUGCCUCCAGCAGCACUACCUUGAACACAAGGAAGCUCGAUGAGGAAACAGAGAACCUUGCUCAUGAACGUGUGCCAAGUGAGCUGAAGAAAGCUAUUAUGCAAGCUCGAAUGGAUAAGAAGCUUACCCAGUCUCAGCUUGCUCAAAUUAUCAAUGAGAAGCCUCAAGUGAUCCAAGAGUAUGAAUCUGGGAAGGCUAUUCCAAAUCAGCAGGUAAUUACCAAGUUGGAGAGAGCUCUUGGAGCGAAACUGCGUGGAAAGAAAUAA